AUGUCGCCGACAAGCCAACUCGUAGUGUUCAUUCUCGCACUGGUCGCCGUGUUGUCGCACAGCAUACCACUACGCGAAUUGGUUGUUCAUCAGCGUCCACUCGAUGACGCUGGCGAUAUGCUCUACUUUAUGGAUGAGAAUCGAUCCAAACGGGGCGCGGAGCUUCUCAAACGACGCGCGGAGAUCAUCGAAAGGAAUCGCUGCUUCUUCAAUCCGAUAACGUGCUAUUGA